AUGAAUGUAUCUGAGAACCUUAACGGCAUGAACCAGGAGGUAUUGUCACUAUGGCUUACCUCGCACAUCGACAAAGUAAAGGAGAUCGAUACUCACGUGGUAAUCUACACUGCUCUCACAGCAUGGCUCUCUUACUACCUCAUGAGUCUACUUGCCACUUAUCGCUUAGGGAUUAAAGUACCUUUUGUGGGAUAUCGAAGCUUUCUAGAACCAACAUGGUUCGUUCGUCUACGUUUCGUCUGGGCAGGCGGCUCUAUUAUCAACGAGGGCUAUCAGAAGUUCAAAUCAUCCAUCUUUCAGGUUAGAAAGCUUGGCACAGACAUUGUCAUCAUCUCGCCGAACCAUGUCGACGAAGUACGAAAACUGUCCCAAGACAAGAUCCGGUCCGUUGAACCUUUUAUCCACGACUUCGCAGGUGAAUACACGCGUGGUAUGGUGUUCCUGGAGAGCGAUUUGCAAAAUCGUGUAAUUCAGCAACGAUUGACUCCGAAGCUGGCUUCAUUGACAACGACGAUGGGCGAUGAGCUGGCCUUUGCAUUAUCUAAUGACAUGCCUGAAAUGACAGAUGGUGAAUGGGUGGAAGUUGAUAUUUCCUCCAUCAUGGUUAGAAUUAUAUCGCGUAUCUCAGCAAGAGUCUUCCUGGGCCCAGAAAACUGUCGGAACGAAGAAUGGCUUACCACAACAGCCGAGUACAGUGAGAGUCUGUUUAUCACAGGCUUUAUUCUACGCGUGUUCCCAAAUUUCUUAAGGCCAUUUGUUGCUUUUUUCCUCCCGUCAUACAGAACCCUCCUACGCAACGUCUCGUCGGGACGCAGAAUUAUAGGUGACAUUAUCCACUCCCGUAAAGUACAGCAGGGCUUGGAAGCCGAUACGGACCAGGAUAUACUACAAUGGAUGGUUGAUUUUGCGAUAGGCGAUGAAAAGUCCCCCGAUAACAUCGCCCAGCGUAUCUUGAUCUUAAGCCUCGCCUCGAUUCACACAACCGCCAUGACGUUGACGCAUGCUAUGUACGAUUUGUGUGCUCGCCCUGAGUAUUUCGAGCCACUCAGACAAGAGAUAAACGAUGUCCUCGGAGACGGCGGAUGGGAGAAGACAGCGUUGAAUAAGUUGCACAAACUCGACAGCUUUCUCAAAGAGUCGCAACGUUUCAACCCAGUAUUCCUUCUGACGUUCAACCGUAUUUUCCACCAACCUCUGAUACUCUCAGACGGCACCAACUUACCGGCUGGUACUCGUAUCGCUGUUCCUUCCCAUGCAAUGCUACAGGACUCUGCGCAUGUUCCUGGUGAAGCCCCACCGACAGAGUUCGACGGAUUUAGAUAUUCCAAGAUCCGUUCACAAUCUGAAAAUUCACAGAAAUAUCUCUUUUCCAUGACGGAUUCGAGCAAUAUGGCAUUCGGGUAUGGAAAGUAUGCUUGCCCUGGACGGUUUUACGCAUCCAAUGAGAUGAAACUGACGUUGGCGACUCUUCUACUACGCUAUGAUUUCAAGCUCAAGGACGGAAAGGAGAGGCCGCGAAACAUCACCAUCGACAGUGAUAUGAUUCCGGAUCCCAGGGCCAGGCUGUGUAUCAGGAGGCGUUGUUUGGAAUGA